UGAAUAGUAUUUCUUUUAUCAUCAUCUUCCCCCUACCAUCUCCCCUCUUCUCUCCCUCGUCUCUGCAAAUCAGUUUUUUUUUUCUUUUCAUCUCAGUUCUCGCCCACCGCCGUGUCCGCUGAUUUUUUCCUGAUCUGACCCGUAUUCCGUGUUGGAUCGUGUUGACACAGGUACUGCACCCCAAACUGCCGAGUCAGGGUAACGAAGCUUACCAUCGCCCCUCUUCUCUUUCUCGUAUCUACAAAUCAGGUUUCUUCAUUCUCUUCUCAUCUCAGUUCUCGCCCACCGCCUCCGCUGUUUUUUUCCGGAUCUGACCCGUAUCCCGUGUCGGAUCGUGUCGACACAAGUACUGCAUCCCAAAUUGCUCCGAGCCCGGAGAUGGCUCAAAUGGCUCAAAUGGUUUGUGGCUCUUGUCGUCAAUUGCUUUCAUAUCCUGAAGGAACUCGGCAAGCUAAAUGUUCAUGUUGUGAAACAGUCAACUUUGUACUUGAAGCUCAUCAGGUUGGACUGGUUAGGUGUGACAGUUGUGCAUUGUUGCUGAUGUACCCCUAUGGGUCUCCGUCAGUCAAAUGUUCAUCUUGCCUUUCUGUGACAGAAAUUGGGGAACACAAUAGGCGCCCUCCAUGGUCUGUUCAACAGGGGCAACCAACCCCUCCCAACUCUCUGCAUUAAACUGCUCCAAUGCCUUUCUAAUCCAUUGAUCCUUGACUAUCUUCGGCAUCUUGAUGUUUAGAUGCAUUAACGAUGUACAGGAAUUAGUUCCGGUAGUGCCCUAAUGGAACUUGUAAUCGUUUGUUAUUCAUAAAUGGAAGUUGGAGUUCUUGCCAUGAAGGUUGAACUUGAAUCUCUUUUGUGUGUAGUUUUACCAGUGCAAUUCAUCACCUUCUCAUAUUAUUAGAUUGGUAAUAUUUUUUUGUAAUUUUUUAUGUAUGCAUUGAAACUCAUAAUAAUUAGAGAAAUCAUUUUUGACA